AUGAUAAGGUAACAGCAAGGCUACACCCGUAAAAAUCUCACAACUUGUCAACAAGAUGUGUUCGCAACAGGCUUGUAACAAUGCUGUUAUUUCAUCAAGUUGCUACAAGGUUGUCACUCGUAACUUGUUGACAAAUUGUUGAAUUGCAGGAAGGAUAACAAGUUGUUGGAACAAUUUGUAACAAGUCUGUUGAGCUCAACAACCUUGCAGAAGCAGGAGCUGGGAACAAGCAGUGCGAACACAUCCUGUUGACAAGUUGUUGGAACAGCAUUGCUACAAGUCUGCUCUAGGUUUAUUACAAUUGGUGCAUUUUCACGUGUGUACGAGGAGUACGCACUCCAGUAAUAGGCCAAGGGGCUAUAUAUCUUUCUCCAAAUAAAAAGAGCUCUCUGGUUUUGGAAUCCCUGGGUAUGAGAAUUGGCAGCUAAUGGAAAGGGGAGAUGCUGCUCUCAUCAUCUACUAUCAUUUCAAUCUUUGUUUUAGACUCAACCACACAUCUUUUUUGUACAUUUUUUGCUUGAUCAAUUACCUGAACAGGCUAAGUUUAGUUACAGUACACUUUUAGUUCUUGUGAAAGGUUAUGUGUUGUUAAGAAGCCAGCCAUCAAGAAGAUUAGAAAUAGCAAAGACAUUUUCACUAAACAUUUCUUCUCUUCAUCGUAUUGGUAUCCAGUUCUUGGUUUUUAGAUAAAGUUAAACUUACAAAAUGUGUGACCCAUCAUCUAAUCAUUUCAUUCAAUUCUUUCCUGUAGACUCAACCAGACAUCUGAUUGUUCUUUACUGCAAGGCAUGGUCUACGCUGCUUUGCUUGGCACCAGUCCUCCAGACUAUGUCGCGAGUUUUGGUAAUUCAGAUGUCCAGAAUGCCGCUGAUUGGGUGAAAAUCAUUAAUGAUAAGCCUGCGAACACGGUAGGUAAAAAUACAAAUAUUUUUCAUUCGAGUUUAUAGACGCGAACACAAUCUUGAUAUUUACCCAUAAUCUAUGCACGGCAGUACCCUAGUAUACAUACAUGAACUGGCGGUUAGAGCUCGACAACUGUCUCUCUGUAGCUCAGUUGGUUAGAGCUCGACAACUGUCUCUCUGUAGCUCAGUUGGUUAGAGCUCGACAACUGGACUCUGUAGCUCAGUUGGUUAUAGCGCUGCAACAUUAGAUUCGAAUUGUAUUAUCAGAAUGAGCAUUAGAAUCGAAUUACAUUAUUAGAAUGAGCCAGAUCUGGAAAUAGUGGUGGAUCCUGGGAACGACGUUCCUAGAAAUUUUUUUGAUGAUUGCUAGAAAGGAUUUUCAAUUUUCUUUGCCAGAAAGUUUUGAAAUUUCUUUUAAAAAAAUUAUCCAUAAAAAUCAACAAAAAGGUUAAACAUUUCCCAAAUUUUCUUAGAAUUGAAAACGCUGAUAUAAGUGAUAUAUCACUUGAUGCACAAAUCGGUCAAAAAACGUUUUUUUCACUUGAGCAUACAUAAAAAUAUUCCUUGAAAUUUAAAUUUCUUUAUCACACAACUUGCAAAUGUCAAAUCAAGUAGUAAUAAACUCUUAUAAGUUAUAACUACAACUGUAAGAAGCUAUUACACUAUAUAAGCAUUUAUUACAAUUUAAUUUGAUAUGCUAAGACCUAACAUUAGUAACAUAGAAUUAAUUAAUAUUAUGAUUAUUAUCCAAUAUUCAAUUUAUUGAUUAAUUGAAUAGAUUUUGUUAACAGUGAAAGCUGUAAAGUGUGGUUGAUGUUUAAACCAACUAAAUUUUAUGAGAGUGUUUUCAAAGAAAAUAUUUUCCCCUGGCCUAGGAUCCAAGAAAGGCUAGAAUUAUUUCCAGGUCUGGAAUGAGCAUUAGAAUCGAAUUGCAUUAUUAUAGAAUGAGCGUUAGAAUCGAAUUGCAAUCCCUUCAAUAUAAGUCCUGAAGUGUGUGUUAUUUUCGUUAUCAGGCCAGUGGUAGCGGAGGCGUGUGCUCCGAUAUGGUUCUUGGUAUGAGCAUUGAAAUAUUGUUUGCUAAUGUUGGGUAUUUGGCAAACCCACAAGCCAAGGUACAGUAUCAUGGAUACUCUGCAGUCUUCGCAAUUUCAAAAAAAAAUAUGUCCGUAGGCGAAAAAUUGUCGUCGUUACAGUAUCAUUAGCCGUGCUGCACCUUGUAACCAAUAAUCUAAAUAGUUGUAAAGCCAUUGUAUGCAAUAAAGUAUUGGGUUGCAAUGGGUUUACGAUUACAAUAACCUUAAUCUAAAUGGUAAUCCUAAUCCCAACCCUAACCUCUAACCCUGAAGUUGAUGACCUUUUUUUAAUAAAUUCCCCCUCCCCUAAAUACAAGGACGCCGGAGCGAGGGUAGGGCACAGGGGGGCAAUGUUGACGUAAGGGCAAUCACUAAUUAAUUAAGGGCAAAAACAUUUUAAACUGAACUGACAUAUUGUUUGACACAAUAUUCCAGAAAAUUUCACCUAUAUUUCAAUGUUACGUCCAUUUCACAUGUAAUUCAUACCGCUUUUUAAUCGUAGUCCCUCAUAUUUGUUGGGUUAGAAUUUUUAUCUAAGGGCACUUUCGCCCCCCCCCCCUGUCCCCCUUACUAAAGGGCAAGGGAGCGAUGCGCCCCCCUUUCCGGCGUCCCUGCCUAAAUGAUAACGUUGGAAAGAGGUGUGUGGUCUUGAGCUCAAUCAGUGAACUGAGUUCAAUGUUUUCUUUACAGAUUAUCGGAGUUCGUUUCAAAUAUGAACAACCUCAGGAAAUCGUUUAUCAGGUAAGACCCUACCUCGGGCCCUGCACUACAGGUAUAUACCGGGUGGCCAAAAAAACUAUACACUGUUUGAUUUAAUAUAGCAGAAAGGCAUUUCAUUCGGUAUUUCAUUGAAGCCAACUUAAAUUUCAAAUUAUUUCCCAUUGAAUUUUCAAUUUCGCAAUCUCGCAAGCCAGAGUUUUUACAAUAUUACUAAUAUUUCUUAUGACAAACGCCUAAGAAACAUAACUCCUAAGACAACGUCGUGAGGCCUUCGCAUUAACAAACUGUCCAAAAUGCUUUGGUGACAUGCAUUUUCCUGCCAGGCAAUGUACUUUAGGACGAAUUGUACUUAAGUUUUUUCAGAAAUAUUAUAUUUCAAACAAAUAUGCCGUACAUGCGGUUUUUACCACAACUAAAACAAUAACAAGCUUACACCAUAUAUAUCUCAUAUAUACACUAGAUAGCGCAUCUCUUUUAGUAAAAUUGAAGCCAAGAAUAUUCCAGCUGUUACCCCCAUUUGAAUAGACGGCGGUCAUGUUGGAGUUUCCCACUCGCUAAUAAACGCUUAAAAAACAACAAUAACUUUCAUCAUUUGAAUAGUUUGAAAAUGUAUUUGGAAUACGUUUAACUUAAUGUUUAAGUUCCCUGUUUAAGAAAUAGAAAACAUACGAGUCUUCUCAUUUCAUGGGAAUAUCCUGAGUCUGCAAUCACAGCUUCAAUUUUUGAAUUGCAGAAUAAUUAGAUGCACUAUCUAGUGUGUAUAUAAGAUAUCUAUGGCUUACGCAUGUAGAUACAAUUUCAUAGUCUAUUUUAUGCCAAUGUUUAGCAUUGUCAAAAAUGCUUGUUCGAUUUAAUACAUUGAUAUCUCAGUUAUUGAUUUCUUUAAAAUUUCUUCAAUUUUAGUGUAUUGGUCAAUUUUGCCAAGGCAGUGGUUCGGCAAGUCAAUAUGUUGAAGUUGUCUCGUCGGUAUCAUUCAUCGAUAUCUCCCAACCACCGAUAUCUGAUCAAAAAUCUCUGCCAGAAUUCCAAUCUAAAGCACCUUCAGAUUUCUUUCAUCCGUUUCUCUGA